UCUCUGACACCACCGUCCAAUCGUCUCCACCAAUGAUAAUUAUUAGGAAGUCACGCGAUAAGUCCGCACCAAAGCGGCUGUAACUGGUGCAGACAAGUAGUCCAGCUGGAAGAGUCAGGUCGGGAAGACAGCUACAGCGGAGUGAAAAAUGAGCAGACCGGCGAUGGUACUGACUGCUGUAAUCGCUGGUCUACUUGUUUGGUAUCCCGUUUAUGCGAAAGACGAUAAGUGUCAUACUGAAUAUGAAACCACUUGUGUCAGAAAAGUAAGCUGCUCCUUUCAUGAAAAGGUCAUCGAAGAGAGGAGAGAAUUUAAGAUCGAGUACAUAGGUCCUGGUCAAAAGAAAGAAGUCAUCGCAUUGUGUGAGUGGCGCAACGGGCAAUUUUCUUGUGACCCAGACAAAGGUUACACGUGUGACGAGCAGCCGAGCAACAACUUUUCUGUCCUCAUAGACACUGCAGAAAAAUGUCUGACUGAUGGAGAGAUUCUAUUUGAUGUAGCCUACGAACAAAUCAUCAGAUGUAAUCUGUCAAGUUUGACUUUUACAGAUGGUAUUGGCAGUGGCGACCCAAAACUUGUAGGUUACAAAAGACCAGAGAGCACAAACAAUCUUCAGAGUGGACAAGAGGGGAAUGGUGUGACUGUUGGUGUCAGCUCUGCCUUUGGCAUCGUCUUCCUCCUUGUACUUGUCAUUCUUGUAAUUUUCCUUUGCAGACGAUACCAAGAAAAUACGAGGAAUAACCCUGACAUUGAAAGAGGUCUUCGCGUCAAUGAAAAACAAUGGUUUCUAAAACUAGGGAGUGGCAAAUAAAUCUUCGGGGAAUGAAGAUUCUCUGGAUGCUUUGGAAAUUUACUCCAGUUCUGGAAGAGCAAGUAUUUCGCAAUACACUGAGUGCCAUGUGUAUCAUGUGCUGCAAGUCUCACUGCGAACAACGAACAGCAAUUUCACGUGAAAGGAAAAACAAGUGCUUUUAUUUGACUGAGAAUAACAAUGUUCUGAAGUAACAGGAAAGAUAUUUCCCAAGAAUUUGCACAAUUUUUAAAGCAAAGAGGACGAUUGCGACAUUGAGCAGACCACUGAGAAAAUUACUCAAUACUGUCGUCUGUACUAGCUAGUUAUCCAUCUUUGUGAUGUUGAGUUUACUGUGUUUAAAAUUGUUAAGAAACGUAAAUAUUUUACUAGCAUCUGCCAUGUGUUAUAAACUACUAGUUCAUUUUCUUUGGGAACUGAUUGACAAUACAUGUCCAAAGAGGACCGAGAAUGUUAAGGUGAACAAGGAACAAGUAGUUUAUUCAAGGGGCCAUUGCCCUUUUUGAAGGGGGAGCAAUAACAAAAUAAUGCAAUAUUACAUACAUCAAUACAUGGUUAUUGGAGUAGAAUUACGAAAAAACAUGCAUUCAUAAUUGCUUAUUUGUCAUCUAUUGUAGAUUUUCUAAACUGGAAAGCAUGGAAGAGAUACAAUGCCAGAUUUUUAACAACUUUUUCAUUUGAUGAAGCUACUAGCAAACUCAUUUUAAAUUUAUUUUGGCUACUUUCUUGUAUUUAUCUUAUUCUAAAACGGUGUAGGAAUCUAAAGCACAGUCGUCUCGCUGCCAUCUUCUGUCACUCUUCACACGAAGAAAUCAGAAAUGUGCUAACUUAAGUCGCCGGACUCAGCUAAGUAAGGGUUUAUACCUGGGGGAGGGCAGUCUUAAAGUUGAGUAAGAAAUUUUGUACUUAGCGGACUUGAGUUGUCUUGUGCACACCGAGUAACUGUACUUAAAGUUAAGUCAGCCAACUUAAGCUUAAGUUCACGUUUGAGUUCGCUUGUGCACACCAGCCCAGGUAAACCGUCCCUUGAUUGUCCCCAACCGCACGCACACACCUAGCGACGGGCCAGUGUAGCAAGAUAGGACUUCUCCUCAAGAAUGGAACUCCCAGCAAGGUGUUGCAAGGACAGAACCGAGCUCUCAGCGAGAACCAAUUGUCUGUGCAUACUACAAAAUUAAAAUUAACAUUAGAGAAACACGUAAAACGUUUAGGUUCAAAUAAUUACAGCUUGCAAAGAGAUGUGCAUAGCACAGUACGGUAAGCACAACACGGACAGCAGAACAAUCGCCGACACGCGACACAGUCACUUGAUGGACAUCUAUGUUUAGACUGACUAUUUUGAACAGAUUUUAUUGACAGUUUCAAUGUCGUUAAUAUCUUACAGAGAGAUGUAGGCUGUUCGAUGACAAGCGAUGCCGAGAUGGAAGUUGCUUACUUGUUGUAAGCUUGUUGUUCGAUUCCAUGUCUUUAAUCACAAUGGAAGCAAAACAUUUCUGAAAAAUCCAAAGAUAUCCUUGACCUUUUCGUAAUUUGAGCUGCAAAACAACCUAUACACAAAUUACUCUGUCAGCAGUUUAGGAGAAACAGGGAGCUGAUAUUUUUGUUGACGUGCGCACUUCAUUCAGGAGAAAUGAAGCGAAGAUUAUGAGGAAACAAGAGACGCUGGUCCCAGUGACUGUUAAACAAGCUUUUCACCCGGGGUCUGA